AUGAAGCAAGUCUAUCAUGCUGUAUCAAUUCUAACAAAACGGGAGACAUCUGUAAAGGAAAAAGCUAUUGGAAAAACAUGGAAAGCAUUUUGGCCCCUUUUUGGCAUAGGAAAGUCAACAGCAAAUUUAAUUGCUCAUGAAUUUAUUAAUGCUGUUAAUGACAUUUUGCUCCCAAUAUAUGUUAAAUUUCCAUUGUCAGUGGAAAACUUAAAUAAACAUAGUAAAGAUUUCGAAGCUAUUCUUGGUUUUUCACAAUGCGUUGGAGCUGUUGAUGGAUGCCACAUCCCUAUUUUAGCCCCUAAAGAUCAAGCAAUUUCUUAUUAUAAUUAUAAAGGGUGGUAUUCCAUUGUACUUUUUUCCGUUGUAGACUGUCGAUACCGUUUCAUUUAUACAAGUGUUGGAUCGCCUAGUAGAAAUAAUGACAGCUAUAUUUUGCAGAAUUCUUCUUUGAAAGCAAUUUUAGAAUCAAGUCUAUUUGAUAUAUGUUGUAAAGAGCUUGGCGAUUCUCUUGUUCCGCUAUGUUUGAUAGGUGAUUCAGCAUUUCCUUUAACGCCUCAUUUGUUAAAACCUUGUCCUGAAAAUUUGGAGCUUAGUGAAAUUCAAAAAAAUUUCAAUAAAAUACUUUGCGGAGCUAGAAGAGUAGUUGAGAAUGCUUUUGGGCGCGUUAAAGCUCGAUUCCGAGUAAUUUGCAAACGUAUGGAAUGCGAUAUUAACUUUGCUACAAGAAUUGUUAAUGCUUGCGUCACUCUUCACAACAUUUGUGAAUACUAUGACGAUAUUAUUAUAAUAGAAUGGCUUAUGCAUCAUCAUGAUGACAGUCUAGCUCAACCCAAUACAGUUUCUACAAUUGGGAACAAUUGA